AUGGCUGAGGAAAGAGACACUUCUGCGGACCUCUUUGCAAUUCCCAAUUUCUGGCGGUCAUCGAGGUUCUUGGAUGAAGACAAAGCAGCAAGCCCUCUCUUCUCACCCAACUUGGAAAUAUCAGGCUCUUCUUUCCAAUUCCUUCCAUUCGGAAACCAAGACAAGCCUCCAAAUUCUCUCAAACGCCCGUUACAAGACCAAAGUCAGACCAGCUUCUUCAGACUACCUCCUGUUUUGCGAGAGGCCACUCUCAACGAUGAGCCACAGUUGUUAGACGAUCUAUUCUCCGAGGGAAUUGGCAGUGCUGGAAAUGGGAAGAAGGGCGGAUCUCCAGAUGACUUGGACGACGAGGAGGAGGAUUACUGGCUCACGCUGGAAGACGUCGAACCCAAGACACCCGAGUACAAGUCCUGGGAGGCAUUCAAUCCGACAGAUCACCACGGUCCAUCCGAUGUCGUCUUUAUCAGCGAGGCCGGACCUGUUGCUUUUGACGCGCUCAUAACCGAAAUCCCGGACGAUGGUACAGAGCCUGUUCCCGAUAUCCUCGACAAUGCCUUGUACUACGCCUGCCUGUUAGGGCUGGCACAGGGGAGAAGCUCUAUCCUAUUCUGGUGGGACUCUGACAGGAGCUCGUUUGUUAAGACGGCACCUCACCUUAGGAUUUCGGGUGUCUCUGUUCAGUUGAUACAGAGCAUGGACCAACUUUGCCUUGACUGUGGAAACGCCGUCAAGGCCCUGGGGUCCUUCUCUGAGUCGGCUUAUUUCGAAUCACCUACACCAACCAGCGUUGCCCUAGCAAAAGUGGUAGAUCAACUGGUCCUGGCUGCCCAAACCGAGGUUGCUUCCCGCAGCAAGGCUGUCAGGUCCAUACUUCAGCUGCGAUCUGUUGUUAUGCCGGCACACGACAUCCUAAUGCACUUCCAUAUGCUCAGCAAAAAGCUGACUCAAGAGAAAACGGAAGAGGGAAUGCUCUCAUGCCUCUUCCGCGAAGCUCAGGCCGUUGAGUACCAAGGUGGCCUACUACCUGAGGUCAUCUGCGAAGUGCUGCGGCUUGCCUCAAAACCAUGGAUUGAAUUUGUUGAAGAAUGGAUCGGUCUGAAGAAUGAAACAGGCGCCCCAAUAUCCAAGACGGGUUCAGGGAAGUCGUUUGUCAAAGUGGCCGACAAGAUGUGGAUAGACGACCACGGCUUCGAGCUCGAGGAACCUGACUUCUUCCUAGACGAGGAAAGGAUGCCUUCAUUUGUGCCUCAAGACAUUGCUCGCUCCAUCUUCGACACUGGCCGAAAUCUGCGCUUCCUCAAAGAGCACCACCCAGACCACUUCCUCUCAAAGCGGAACGUCGUAGCACUAACUCAACCACCCAAACUCGAAUGGCAAUUCUCUUGGGAUGCCAUAACAAUGUUGGAAACGAGAGUCAAUGAGUACAAGGCUGCGGUGACUCGCUUAGUCCAAGGGGCAGCAUCAGGAGAUCAGUUGUCGUCGACACGUCUAUCCACUACAUAUGAACCGAACGAGUACAAACUUACAUACUUUGGAAAGAGUGAGGAGGAAGUUGCGGCCGCUGUACUCGCCUCAAUCAACCAGCUCGCUCAGCCUCUCGAAAACCACGAGUCCGACGAUGAGCUCACCACCAUGCUUCACAACCGCUUGUACUCGAGAGCAGAGCAAUCCACCAACAAAGAGGAAGGCUUCAACCCACACUGGUCACUCGUCCCCUUGCUCUCCUUCGGGUCGCUUGUAGACACCCAGUCAAAGCUCGUUAACGAUGAAUGCAUGAAACUUCUCCUCGGCCCUCACAAGCUCCGAGUACACACCAAUCUCACGAGACAAUACUUCCUCCUAGGCAACGGCAUGCUCUGCAGCCGCCUUUCCCACGCCCUCUUUGACCCAGACCUCGAGUCCGCCGAGCGCAAAGCUGGCGUCGCUUUCAGCGGCGGUGUCAUGGGUCUCCGACUAGGCGGCCGAGACACCUGGCCACCCGCCAGCUCCGAACUCCGUCUAGCGCUCAUGGGUGUUCUCUCCGAUUGCUAUGAGCCGCCUGUCAGCGAGAAAGACAGCAACGGCCAAGAGGAAGACCACAACAUGGGUAAAUCCAUGCUUUCCCGCACCUACAGCUCCGAUCUACCCGGCGAUCUAAGCUUCGCCGUCCGCGAUCUGACUUCGGAAGAAAUCAACAAGUGCAUGGACCCCGACGGCCUAGAAGCGCUGGAUUUCUUGCGGUUGUCGUACAAAGCCCCCUCAGGACUACAGUAUAUCAUGACCCCCAUCAUCCUGCUAAAGUACGAUCGCAUCAACAAGCACUUACUCCGUAUCCUGCGUAUGUUAUACGUAGUCAACCACCUCUCGCGCGACGUCCAACUACUAGCUCGCCGCACCCGCCUCAGCAACGCCACCAUCCGCUUUUGUGCAGAAGCGAACCACUUCGUUUCCAAGAUGGCCGCCUACUUCUUUGACUCCGGGAUCACCACCAUCUGGAACCAAUUCGAGGAGUGGUUAGACUCGAUAGAGGCCGUAUUUCUCGGCGAGGAAGUGGCCGGCGCUGGUGGCGGCGGCCAGCGUAAUACCGACGACCAUCAUCAACAAGAGCACUCCCUGAACAGCACGAAAUCGUGCUCCCCCGACUUAGUCCGUGACAAACAAUCCUACUGUCUAGACGAGAUCAUGUCCGCUUUGUUUAUACGAAAACGCCAGACACCAGUCCUCAAGCUGCUGGAAGAGAUCUUUACCAUUAUCUUGCGCUUUGCUCGACUAAUGCGCUCUCACAACUCCGACAACAAGAAACCAACCGUCAGUGGGAAAGGCAAAAGCAAAGAGCAACAAUCCAACAACAAAGACGCGGAGUACGCCAAUGAUACACCGGAAAGUCUUUAUGCAAUGUUCAAGAAGAACGUAGAGGUUUUCUUAACGGUGUGUAAAGGGUUGGGAGAGAAGGCUGCUGCUAGUAGGAAUAAGGGGCAUGGGAACGGGUUGGCGGGGGAGAGUUUGGCGGAGAUCAUUCCGCUGGCUUUGGAUAUGAUGGGGUAUUAUGAGGGUGGCGGUUCCGGAGGGAGGAGGUAUCAGGGUUAG